AUGGAAGAACUCGGAAUGCCAGAAGGAUUUGACGAGGCAAUUUACCUAAUUGAAAUUAACGAGCUUGUUAAAGACUACUUGCGCAAGGUCAUGAAGCCCAAGGUCAAGUUCACCACUAUUUCUGGAAGGGCUGCCUUGAAUCUCGAGACUUCGACCGGAAUUCCAAUUCAAAUACCAGACGGGACAGCCUACGAUGGCACAAAGGACGCCAAAAGAGAAGCUCUUCUCAAGUUCUUUGCAAAGCGCCCAUGGACACAACUUCCAAACAGAGAGAGUCCAAUUCCACGAAUUAUACAAAUUUUCAGAGCACUGUUCCACUUCUCGGGUCAGCUGUUCUACAUAACCUGUGAAGGCGACAUCCAACCAGUUCAGUAA